AUGGCAACGAUGAGCAAGCGAUUCGCAUUAUUUCUUUGGUUGGAUGCGGUCAUUAAAAAUGCAGAUAUCUCCACGAAACUGUUCGACGAAUUUGCAUUAACUCCUGCAUGCCUUCCAUCGAUCGAAGAGAUAAGUCUCAAACAACUUUUAGAAAUUCUUGACGGAGAGACCUUGUUGUCGCAAGAAAGAGAAAUGUUUGAAGAGACUGGAGAAGACAUCGCAAUUAAGAUCCACUGUCACCCAACUGGAAAAACGAGCAGCAAUACAGCAACAAAAAAAAACAACACUGACAACAAUAACAACAACAACAAUAACAACAACACAUUGAAAACCAAAACAACAAUAAAAUAA